UUGCGCAAAAUUGACCAGAGACUCCAAACAUCCAACUAAACUCAACUGAUUAAGAAGAAGAGAGAGAGAAAGAGAGAGAGCAGGGAUGGACAGAGCUUUCAGCAAGAUGAAUGGAGACAGUGGAGUGCAGCAGAGCUCCAUGUACCUGGAGGAGCAAACCAACAAGUCCGGGGUUCUGUCCUGCAUCUUCUCCCUAAACGAGGAGGUGGGAUCACUGGCCAAGGCUUUAAGGCUGUUUGAGGAAAAGGGCAUCAACCUGACGCACAUCGAGUCCCGUCCCUCCCGGAAGAACAAGCAGGAGUAUGAGUUCUUCAUCAGUGUAGAUGUGUCCUGCUCCAAGGCUCUGGACGAGGUUAUCGACGGCCUGCGCGCCGAGAUCACAGGACAAGUGCACGAGAUGUCUCGCAACAAGAUAAAAGAUACAGUCCCAUGGUUCCCCUCAAAUAUUCAGGACCUGGACCGAUUCGCCAAUCAGAUUUUGAGCUAUGGCUCUGAGCUGGAUGCUGAUCACCCGGGCUUCACAGACCCGGUCUACAGGGCCAGGAGGAAGGAGUUCGCUGACAUCGCCUACAAUUACAGACAUGGUCAGUCGGUCCCGUAUGUGGAGUAUACGGAGGCUGAGAAGGCCACGUGGGGAACGGUGUUCAGAGAACUGAAGACUCUGUACCCGACUCACGCCUGCCACGAGCACAACCGCGUCUUCCCACUGCUGGAGGAAUACUGCGGAUACCGCGAGGACAACAUCCCGCAGCUGGAGGACAUCUCCCGCUACCUGCAGUCAUGCACCGGUUUUCGUCUGCGCCCUGUGGCUGGGCUGCUGUCUUCUCGUGACUUCCUGGCCGGCCUGGCUUUCCGUGUUUUCCAUUCCACUCAGUACAUCCGGCACGGGUCCAACCCCAUGUACACCCCCGAGCCAGAUAUCUGUCACGAGCUGCUGGGACACGUUCCUCUGUUUGCUGACCCCAGUUUUGCUCAGUUCUCACAGGAAAUUGGCCUCGCUUCAUUGGCUGCCCCAGAUGAGUACAUUGAGAAGCUUGCUACAGUCUACUGGUUCACGGUGGAGUUUGGUCUUUGCAAGCAAGGCAAUGAUAUUAAAGCAUAUGGAGCAGGACUGCUCUCAUCAUUCGGAGAACUGCAGUACGCUUUGACUGACAAACCAAAGCUGCUGCCCUUCGAACCAGAGAAAACCAUCUUGCAGAAAUACCCCAUUACUGAGUUCCAGCCCAUCUACUUUGUGGCUGAAAGCUUUGAGGAUUCUAAAGAGAAAGUCAGAAAGUAUGCUGCCACCAUUCCCAGACCCUUCUCUGUGCGCUACAACGCUUAUACACAGAGUAUUGAGGUGCUAGACAACACACAGCAACUGCGCAACCUGGCUAACAGCAUCAGCGGUGAGGUGGGGAUUCUGUGUAAUGCUUUGCAGAAGAUGGCAUAGGACAACUCAACACCAGCUAGAUCAUCCCCUGUGAUCCUCUCAGACACAGUGCUUCUUCUGUACAAUUAUAAAAUAAAGCACCAUACACUCAGAAAGAGAGAGAAAGAGAGAGAGAGAGAGAGAGAGAAAGAGAGAAAGAGAGAAAGAAAGAAAGAGAAUCAUGUUUCUUGUUGAACAUGUAUAAUCUUUGCUUUGUAGACUCAGAUACCUUCUGUUGUUUAUUCGUCUUAAUUAUUAAGUAAAUGAGUAAACAUAGUAUUUUACUUCAUUUUUAGUAUUGUUCUUUUUAUUUUUUUUCUGACACCCUAUCAAAAUAAACAUUUAUGACAAAGCGUCUUAAUUUCCGAUUAAAUAAGUAAACAUAGUAUUUUAGUUCUAUUUUAGCUUUGUUUUUUUUUUUGUUUGUUUUUUUUAACAUGAACCUUUACAUAAAUUUAUUUCUUAAUCUAAAUAACAAUCACAUUGUGAAUUUGAAUUUACUUCACCUUAUUUUUUAUAUUACAGCUCUAGUCAAAAGACAUAGCAAAUGACCCAAAAUACCUAUUUUGUGCAAAUGUAUUAAUAUAAGUGUGUGAGAGAGAGAGAGAGAGAGAGAGAGAGAGAGAGAGAGAGAGAAAGAGAGUGCGCGAUAAAGUCACGUGGGUCCAAAAGCGCUUAUCCCAUUAUUUUCUCCAAAACCCCCUGAUUCAUUUUAGAAAAGAAACGAAAAUAUCUGUACUAAUAAAUUUUAUUCAUCGUAUAAAAUGGCAUUAUCCACGUGUAUACGUGGUUAUAUAUAUACUACAUAAACAUAUUUACUCACAAGCUUUUUAUCGAUCUUAAAUGCACAGGUCUUUGUACAUAAACGCUAGAAAAUUUCGAAGCUAAUUCAUCGACCAAUAUUUCGAGUAAUUUAAGUGAAAGAUGAAUGACAAAAUAAUAACAUUACACAAUGACAAUGAUCCCCACAUAUAAACUAGCGAAAAAUAUAAUAACCUUUUAUAAAUAAAAUAAAGGUGUGAUUAUUAACCCUGAGCCGCCUGAAAUAAACUUAGACCUGUGCAGAUUUAAAUUCGAUUGCAACGUAUUUAACGCUAUAGUCAUCUAUAUUUCCUUUAUCUUCAUCUUUAUUUUAUUUUGGCUCGUGACUGUGAUACUGUGAUAUUAUGAUAUGUGGUAUAAUAUCGUGUAUAAUCUUUCAGCUGCUUUGAAGUGUGACUGCAGUGUAUUAAACCCGCUUUAAGUAUGCAUGCGCAACUGACGCAAGUAGCGAAUUUUUAUAAUUAGCUUUUUAUUUCGAGUUUAUCUCUAGAUGGAGAAACUGUUGAGAAACUGUGAGAAACAUUGUAGAAAUGUGUUGUAUGCAUGCAAUUUGUUUCAAAUAAAA